ACUGGACGUUGCAAACAAAACCCGGCGGUUCGAAGACCUCAAGAACAAACGUGCGCGCGCAUAGACACUUUUGUUUUAAUUUUCAUAUCGGAAAUUUAGCUGAAAUUCACUAACUAAUUAUCACCAACCCUUUUAAAUGUCCCACUGCUGGACACCGGUCUCAUCUCAGGCGAGGGUUUAGGCCAUUCUUCUUCGACGUGCUGGUUUAAUCACGGCGUUUUUCUUCACCGAAAAGCUCAUGGUUUAAAAAUGCGGGCAACUAUCUAACGGGAAAAAGACAAGACAAUUAAAACAUGUCUGUACCAUUGGAAACAACCAAAAUGUCGGAGACGGAAGAGAAUUUAAAAAAUUUGCGCUUCAAUACAUUAUUCACAAAAGACGAAAACGCCUGUAAUAUGAUAAACGAAAAAGACAGUUUUUGUGCUGACUAUACCAAGUACGAUCAGAAUAUGAACGAGACAAAAUUGUCAGAAAUACAACAGUUCUUUAAUAGGAAGAAUGUUUUAAUUACCGGUGCCACAGGCUUCCUCGGCAAGAUUCUGGUGGAGAAACUUCUUCGAUCCUGUCCAACGGUGGAGAAUUUAUACUUACUCGUCCGACAGAAGAGGGGGAAGGAUAUCUAUACGAGGGUGGAAGAGAUUUUCGAAGAUCCCGUGUUCAACCGCCUUAAAAAAGAAGUGCCAAAGUUUCGUCACAAAGUGGUGGCAGUACCCGCCGACUGUGAAGCCGCAGGGCUUGGACUUACUUUGAGUGACAGGCAGAUGCUCAUGGAGAAGGUAAACAUUAUAUUCCACUCAGCAGCGACGGUGAAGUUCGACGAACACUUGCGCGCCGCAUUGGUAACCAAUGUGCGAGCACCUUUACACUUGUUGCGGUUGGCUAGGGACAUGAAAGGGCUCAAUGUGUUCAUGCAUAUUUCAACUGCGUACUCGAACUGCCACCUCCCUCGGAUAGAAGAACGUUUCUAUCCUUGUAAAGCUGACUGCGAAACCCUGCAUCAAAUGGUGGAUAAGUUGAGCGAUCAAGAAAUCGACGAUCUAUUACCUACAAUCUUGGGCCCAUGGCCGAACACGUACACGUUUACCAAAGCUUUGGCUGAAAAUGAGCUGCGACUAAAUGCUGGAAAUAUACCUUUAGGCAUUUUUAGACCUGCGAUAGUGACGUCGACAUCGACAGAGCCACUAAAAUGUUGGAUUGAUAAUAUGUAUGGACCCACUGGAGUGGCUGUUGGGGGAGUAACGGGCAUCCUGCGCACGUUAAACUGUGUAGAAACAGUAACCGCAGAAAUUGUGCCCGUGGACUACGUGGUGAAUGGCCUCAUGGCGGCCGCAGUUAGUGUGCAUGAUGCUUAUAAGCAGAGUUCUCCCCCACCGGAACCUCCCAUUUUCAACUACGUGAGCUCUGUAGAAAAUAGAAUCACGUGGGGCGACUUCAUGGCGCAAAACGUAGCUAGAGUUGAGAAAAAUCCAUUCUCCAAUGCUGUUUGGUACAUGUCCCUUACCCUGACACCGUCUCCGUUAAUGUACAGAAUAUAUGUGCUGUUUCUGCAUUUGAUACCAGCGGCGUUAGUCGACGGGCUUGCGUUAUGUAUUGGAAAGCAACCUAAAAUGCUUAAAGUUUACAAAAAGAUCCACAAAUUUUCGACAGUAAUAAGUUAUUUCUGUACUCGAGAAAUAAAGUUCUGCAAUCAACAUACGCGACGGCUAUGGGACAGUAUUAGUGAUGUCGAUAAAAAGUUGUUCCCCUUUAGUAUGGCCGAUAUUGUGUGGAGUGAAUACUUCGACGAGUACCUGAUCGGCAUCAGGCGAUACCUGUUCAAGGAAAGCGAUGAUACGUUGCCCCAAGCGAAGAUAAAAUGGAAAAGGCUGUACUAUCUACAUCAAGCACUGAAGAUUGCGUUUUGUAUAUUGGCCGUAUACAUAUUAUAUUCCAUAUUCUAUUCAUGUUUUAAAUAGAAAUCAAAAUUAUAAUAUACUCACAAUCAAUUAAGUCAGACAACUAGAACAGUUAACUGCCUAGGUUUCAAAUACAUACUUCAAAAAUAAUACAAGAAAACAGUUUUGAAUUUUUCUUGCCGUCCGAGACGGUCACAAUCACUCAAGAUAUCUACUUGGAAAUUGAUAAAAGGGAGUGUUGACACGUUUUUCAUUCUGUUAUAGUCCAUAAUCUCGCACUGUGCUCGGUGCAAAGCUCCUUAGGGCGCCUUUAAAUUAGUAGCUUGUAGAAGCGCUACAGUGGCGCCACUGUGACUCGAAAGCCGCACGCCUGUAGUAAUUGUAACUACAAAAGUAACGCCCGCAUGUCACGACAGUUGCGAUAUAACUGCGUCUCUAAGGGUCGUAUUCUAGAACGCUACUCGAUGUACAAGUCAGGAUUGCAAUGGAAACACAAGCACUGGAAAUACGACCCUAAUGGCAGGGACUUGAGAAUGAUUUCGAGUGCUUUAAACCAUACUCAAAUC